AUUAUUUUUAAUUGCGCCAAUAACUUACGCAGACACACACCCCAAUACACUCACACACAUGUAUAAACACCAUCUUCAUAUCAGAUAAUCAAUCCUCAAUUUUCUUUUUUUCCAAAAUUUCACCUGUAUACCCGCCCGCUGCUGUUCUGAAUCUCAGUUUCUCUCUAGAUAACGCUUUAAUCUAUUGCUGCAACAGAUAUCUAUCCAACAAACAUGAUGAAGAUUGGGAGAAGAGGAAUUCAUUAUCUACACACAUUAAACAGUGUUCCUAAGGAUGUGAUAGAGAAGGGACAGAACCGAGUCAUGGAGGCAUCUCUUACACUCAUUCGUGAGAGGGCAAAACUUAAGGGAGAGCUAGUUCGUGCAUUAGGUGGUGCUAAAGCUUCAGCAUCUCUUCUUGGAGUUCCUCUUGGACACAAUUCAUCAUUUCUUCAGGGUCCCGCAUUUGCUCCACCAAGGAUUCGAGAGGCCAUUUGGUGUGGAAGUACAAAUGCCACCACAGAGGAAGGGAAAGAGUUGAAUGAUCCUAGGAUUUUAACAGAUGUGGGUGAUGUUCCUGUUCAAGAGCUUCGAGAUUGUGGAAUAGAUGAUGACAGAUUGAUGAAUAUCAUCAGUGAGUCUGUCAAACUAGUGAUGGAAGAAAGUCCAUUGAGGCCUUUAGUUUUAGGGGGUGAUCAUUCGAUAUCAUAUCCUGUAGUGAGGGCUGUUUCUGAGAAGCUUGGAGGACCUGUGGAUGUUCUUCACCUUGAUGCACAUCCUGAUAUUUAUGAUUGCUUUGAAGGAAAUAAGUAUUCACAUGCAUCUUCUUUUGCUAGAAUUAUGGAGGGUGGUUAUGCUAGGCGUCUCUUGCAGGUUGGCAUCCGAUCAAUAACAAGUGAAGGACGUGAACAAGGGAAAAGAUUUGGAGUUGAGCAAUAUGAAAUGCGCACAUUUUCAAAAGAUCGACCCUUUUUGGAGAAUCUGAAACUUGGAGAGGGUGUUAAGGGAGUGUAUAUCUCAAUAGACGUUGACUGUCUUGAUCCGGCAUUUGCCCCUGGUGUUUCCCAUAUCGAGCCGGGAGGCCUCUCAUUCCGAGAUGUUCUCAACAUUCUCCACAAUCUUCAAGCCGAUGUUGUUGGUGCAGAUGUGGUUGAGUUCAACCCACAACGUGAUACUGUUGAUGGGAUGACUGGCAUGGUUGCUGCUAAAUUGGUCAGAGAGUUGACUGCAAAAAUAUCUAAAUGAAGAAACCACUUUUCUUGGUUUAUCAUUAAAAAUAAAUAUUAAUGAUGUAGCUUCAUUUGAGUUAUUCCGUUGGUUUAUUUCCUGUUUAAAUCAUAUCUGAAGAACUCAAGUUGAUCAUAGUGAAAACCAUCUUUACUAA